AUGAUUUGGCACGUCCCCCUCGCCUUUGCCGCGACUGCCUCGGCAUUGCAAACUCUGCCGCCGACAUCCUUCAAACAGCUUCAUUCGGAUAAAUCCGAACACCUCUUUCUCUCGGCUGUAGAGAAGAUCAUUUACAUACAGUCGGACUCUGCCUCAUGGACAGACCAAAAUGGCUUGACUCUGAUCCCACCAUCAGUUGAACAGUUCGCCGAAACGUUUCGCGAAGACAUUGAGGAAUUAACAAACUGUUCUUGGGCACUUCAGAGCGUACCGCACCCCCCACAUGGGGCAUCUGGUGUCUUCUUGGGGCUGCUAGAAGACCCAGUGGAACAGUUCACAUACGAAGAUGGUACGCCAAACGAAGAAGGUUACGAGCUGCUCGUCGAGGGUCAUCUCAUAUCGAUUUAUGGAUCGGGGGCGAGAGGAAUGUGGUGGGGAACACGCACAUUGCUUCAGAAGAUUGUUUUAAAUCAACUAGCUUCAGUGCCAUUGGGUCACUUGAGGGACGCACCUGCCUACUCUACCAGAGGUUUCAUGCUGGAUGCUGGACGGAAGUGGUAUUCUUUGGAUUAUCUGAAGGACCUUUGCACUUAUGCUUCAUUCUUUAAAUUGUCCGAGUUUCACUACCAUGCAACAGACAAUUAUCCUCUGAGUCGUGGACGCAACGAAACUUGGGAAGAUGUUUAUUCUCAAUUUUCAUUGAGGCCCGAAAAUCCGGAAUUUCUGCCUCUGAUACAACGCAUCAACGAAACGCUUACCCGGUCGGACUUCGAUGAUUUUCAAAAUCAUUGCGCUCGGCGGGGCAUAACCGUUAUACCAGAGAUUGAAAGUCCAGGUCAUUGUUUGUCCGUCACUAAAUGGAAACCAGAGCUUGCUUUAGCCGCGAAGGACCUUCUUAACCUUACACACCCGGAAACAAUUCCACUUGUCAAGUCCAUAUGGUCGGAAUUUUUACCAUGGUUUCACACCAAAGAAGUUCACAUUGGAGCUGACGAGUAUGAUUCAACUCUCGCCGAUGACUAUAUCAAAUUUGUGAAUGAAAUGUCGAGCUUCAUAUACAACACUCAUGGAAAGCGAAUUCGCAUAUGGGGCACAUAUGAGCCUUCAGAGUCGCUCUCUAUCAAUCCCAAUAUCACCAUACAACAUUGGCAAUAUGGCCAGUCCGACCCAGUUACGCUUGCCGAGAAUGGAUACCAGAUCAUUAACUCCGAGGACUGGUGGGCCUAUCUGUCCUUGAAAAAUAACCAUGUCCCCAUUUCGCCAGCACCAUAUCCGCAGUUCUUCAAUAAUAGUCGGGUUUUGAACUUCGGCGAUGUUGAGGGCUGGCAGUGGACACCAGAGCUUUUCAACUACGCUAAUACAACCGAUCAACCAGCCCAGGGCGCUGUUCGCGGUGCUAUUCUUGCAGCCUGGAAUGACAAUGGACCCGACGCCACUACACAACUAGAAUCUUACUACGCUAUACGAAAUGGCAUUCCCGUUGUUGCAUCUCGCGCAUGGUCAGGGGAUUCGGGUUCGCGCCUUGAUGAAUCCACUCUAGAUGUUUCAAUUGCACUUCUUACAGCCAAUGUAGUGUCCGAAAACCUAGACCGAAGAUUGCCACUUUCACAACCGAAUGAAGGGGAUACGCUGUUCUCGUGGCAUCAAAGUGAUUCCAAGAUAUUCAAAUCGCCACUCCGUCUUGGAUUCGGCAGCAAAGGCAUGAAUUAUACAUUGCAGCUGAAUGUCACUGGGCCUUUCUCAUUAUACUCAAAAGACGCGAGUCUUUCACUAGCUGCUGAUGGGCAAUUGGUAUUUUCUGCAGACGGCUGGCCAUACCCACUCCGGUCCGUCGCGGAAACGGAUGGCUUUGACCCUCAGGAGCCCGGACGGAUUUGGGCGAACUCAACGAGCACGACACAUGAGGUCGUAUCUGUGCCUCUGAUAUCGCGCAUUACUAUUCAGUCAGAUCAAGUCUAUGGUAGCCGUGUGUGGAUUGACAAUAAAUUUCUUGGUCGUUUCGAGGUCUUCGUAUACGGAGGCAAGAACACAGUUUUUUCGUGGAGUCAAAUGGCAUUUGUGGCACCACUGGAGUACCUCUCAGGAGAUGGGCUUCGCGAUAUACUCUUGAGCUAA